CCGCCGCCAGGCUCCCGCAGCUGCCCUGCCACGCUGACUUGCAGGCCUGUGCCGACGCGUCCGUUUCCCCACUCACCGGAAUGGGAGAAAGGGGACCCGUUGGGCAGGGGGGCAGGCCCUGGUGAGUGAGCCGCACGACUGACUCCCCAGCCCGACGCGGGACUUGCUUGCUUGCUUGCGAGGAAGAAACGCACACGGACAGGCAGGGCGCAAGGCGCUGCGCGAGAGAGAGCCGGGGACGCCGCGCGCGCCGAGGCAAAGCAGGGCAACGCGGCCCGAGGGCGGAGCUGCCUCCACGCCGGCCUCCCGGCUCUCGCGUCCUCCCUGCGGCAGCAGCAGCAGCAGGCAGCGCCGCCUCUGCCUGGGCGUCACUUCCCCAGAACCAGCUGGGAGGGAGGAGGAGGCGGAGGAGGCGGAGAAGAUGGCGGCGCUGGGAGAGCCUGUGCUGCUGGAGAGAGAUAUCUGUCGGGCUAUUGAAUUGCUGGAAAAGUUACAAAGGAGUGGAGAGGUACCACCACAGAAACUACAGGCUUUGCAAAGAGUCCUUCAAAGUGAAUUCUGUAAUGCAGUGAGGGAGGUAUAUGAGCAUGUUUAUGAGACAGUGGACAUCAGCAGUAGCCCAGAAGUGAGAGCGAAUGCUACAGCCAAGGCCACUGUAGCUGCCUUUGCUGCCAGUGAAGGUCAUUCUCAUCCCCGAGUUGUGGAACUACCCAAAACAGAAGAAGGGCUUGGAUUCAACAUCAUGGGCGGCAAAGAGCAAAAUUCUCCAAUCUAUAUAUCCCGAAUUAUCCCAGGUGGUAUUGCUGAUAGACACGGGGGAUUGAAGCGUGGAGACCAGCUUCUUUCUGUAAACGGAGUGAGUGUUGAAGGGGAACACCAUGAAAAAGCUGUUGAGCUGCUAAAAGCAGCUCAAGGAAAAGUUAAGCUGGUUGUACGAUACACACCCAAAGUCUUGGAAGAGAUGGAAUCAAGAUUUGAAAAAAUGAGAUCAGCAAAACGCAGGCAACAGAAUUAAUACUCUACCUAUACCUUAAGGAGAAGCAUGACUCUUGCUUGUCUGAUCUAUCCAUGGAGACAUCAUGCUGUAGUGUAAAAGUUAAUCUAUGUCUUUUACAAAUCUCCCUCUUUGUAGAACACCCUAAUGCUUCCUGAGAAGAAAUGUUUACAUGGGCAUUUGUAUCUAUGUGGUUUCACAGAUCCUUCUUUGAACUCUCAAACGUGUAACCAUCAAAACAUGUUUGUAGAUGGUUUUUAAAUACAUUUUAAUGAGCUAUUUUCAGCAUUUGUAACAUCUGUUUUUCUAGUGAUUUUUUCCCCGUUUGGCAUUAUUUAAAACUAAAAUCCUUAUUUUGGAUACAAAUAUAAAAACAGUCUUGCUGCUCUUGGUCUAAAAAGUGUAUCUUCAUACAGGUAGUCAUAAUUGUGUGUAAGUAUGAGAUUUGUACUUUUGAUGAACAAGUUUCUAUGCAUAUUUGAGAUCAUAACUUUGUAUAGUUAAUGACAUCUUGGACACUUUCUUACCUCUUUUGUGAAUAACUUGUAACAGGCAGUUUCUUAUAUCAGCGUUUCAAUGAUUGUCACCCUAAAAUCUAGCAGCAAUCAUUCCUAUAAUUUAUAUACUUUUGUACUAAUCUUCAAGCAUUUGGAAAAAAUGGAAGGCAUACCUGUCUAUAGUUGUGUAUUUAUAAUCAGUCUGGUCAGACUGUCACAUUGAAGAAAAAAACUGUACAUGUGCAUUUGACUUUCUACUUCUCCUGUAAGUUGCUCACCGUUUUUACUGCUUCUGUUUGUGCCUGCUUGUACACAAUCUGCUUGUACAGGCUAUCGCUUCCAUCAAGCAGGUCUGUGGGUGACCUGCUGUUCCUUUCCAGAGCAGAAACAUUCUGUGAAUAUGUUGUUUGCCACUGUCACAGUGACAUGGAAAAGCUAACAGAUUUCAGUUUUUUGUUCUUUUUAAAAGAAUGCUAAUAGAGGGAAACACUAUCCCCCUCUAGGCAAAUGGGAUUUCCAAUCCAUUACAGAAGCUUCAGCAGAUGACUGUUUCCUGUUUGUAACUCUGGGAGAUAUAUCCAAUAGUACAACAACAACUCUUUCUGAAGUCUAGGACCUGAAGGGCAUCUCUGAAGAAUUCCUUUGGCAGGAACCUGGCAAAAUUUGUAGUGGGCUGCACAUGUCAACCUCCAUAUGGGGGAUAUGCAUGGAACUACCUUGAGCAGUCUCCUGGUAUCACAGCUAGCAGGCAUUCUACCUCAAAAUUUACAGGGCUGAGAAGCUCUGUUCAUUUGAACUUGCCUCAGCCUCUGUAGUAUUCCCUGCCAAACCAAAACAAAAUGCUUACGGCAGCUACAGCCACUAAUUGCAGCUGUACCCCAAACUAUAGAAACUUGUGUUUCUUGUUUUUAGAACUUCCAAGCUAGCAAAAGAGCCUCUCUGCUUAUGCAGAUAAGUUUAUCUGUUGUGUGUUGGUACACCUGUGGCUAUUAAAAUGAUAGCAAGUAGUCAGACCUGUGUUUUGCUGAACAGAGAGAGCUGAAAUCUUGUAGCUGUGUGGAAUGAUGAGUCUUGUGCUCCAUGCUUGAGAAUUCCUGUGACAGUGAGGAAUGCUGCAAUAUUAUGUUCCUCACUGGUUGUGUUCUGAGAGUUCCCACUUCUGCUAAUGUCAAAGGCCAUGAAUAAAUGUUCCCACUUUAUUUAAGGAAGAUACUAUUUUUAAAUAAAUGGUCACUUGUGGGAGGAUUGUAGUUUAAUCAUGGAAGUCUGUAAAAUGCUUAUAACUGUUUGGAACUGUGACAUGAGGGUCACGUCUGGAAUUUUUUGAGUUGCUACACUAGCUUGCUUGAACAGUAGCUAGAAUUUGCAGCCCAAUUCUAACCAAGUUUGUUUGGAAAUAAAUGCACGGAUUUCCUUAGAAUUUACUUCUGAGUGAAGUGUGCUUAAGAUUAUAACUUACACACCUGGUUUUUGAAAUCAUGACUGUCGUCCAUGGGGCAUUGAAUGAUGCCCUGCUUUCCCCAUUUUUUCCUUCUUUAAAGUUUCAAUCUUGCAAUGGCUUGCUUUCACCCUUCUCUAUGCCUCUCUGCCUCUUUCCCACAAUUCCUUGCCUGAGAUUAAAACCACCAGUGCUAUCACCUCCUUUCUUCUGUGAAUAAUUAAGAGGUUUACUUUAAUGAAACGUGACUCCCUAGUCUGGUAUAUCUAGCAUUUGCCUGACUAUCCACUGGGUAUCAGUUUUCAGCUAUAAAUGUAUUCAGGUCAAUUUAGGCAAGUGUCCGAAUGUCUCUCAUCUCUGACUAGAACUACAUUCAGUCAAAUAUCUUUUAAUUAUAGCAUAAAGAUUAUGCUUGUCCAAAUGACUUGGUGUAAAAGAAGAAAAAUCCGUAAGGUUGGCAAAAGCAACCUUAAAUCCUUUCUGAGCAUUUAGACAUCAUAAGCCUGCAGUAAUGAGAUUGUAGAGACUGAAACCCAGCAAGUGUGGAUAUGUUUGUUGUUUAGAUGAGCACUGAAUUGCAUGGUUUAAGUAUGUAGCCUGCAGCGUAAGGCAGCUGAUAGAACCAUGAUGUUGAACUGUAUAUUUUUAUGGAGCAAUUAAUAUUUAAAGAAUUAAGACCAAAAUAAGUAGUUGGGCCUAUCAUGAGGUAUUUUUAAUUUAAUUGUAUAAUACUAGAUUUGUGUUGGAGCUUUCUAUAUUAAAGAGAAUACUAGGAUCAAGUAAAUACUAUAUGAUUUAUUCAACCUGAUGUUACUGGGUAUAGCAAUUUGUUUUAUUACUUUAAAAGUUAGUUAGUUAGUUUGGAGUAGCCAGUGCUACUAUACGGAAGUUCUUUAGAGAUUAUAAAUGAAAAACUAGUCUUGGGGUUGAAAAUUAGUCUGUGUAGGGGGAGUGGGACUGACAAGGUCAAAUAUUUUCCUCAUGUCUUCCUAAACAGUCAAAAGCAUAUGGGGAUGUUAAGUCAUUUUAUGACCCAAAGAGAGAUCACCAGAAACGGAAAGAGUCAGCCAGAUUGCAAAGCCAGAUGUUCAUUGUAACUUAAAAUCAAGCUUUUUCUUGGUUGAUCCAUAAAAGUUAAUAAAUGGGGUCCUGAGCCCAGAUUGAAAACCAGUUAAUUGAAGAACCAAUAAAUGAAUGCAUGGAAUACUACUGAACAGGUACAGUGACUACAUUGUAUUAGUGUAUACACAUAUGCAAUAAUUUAAUAACCAACACCGAUUAAAGAUAGACAAUACCAUGUUUGUAGUCUAUGUACUUAUUGCUGCUCAACUCUGCGCUUUUAAAAAAUGAAAAUAAAGAUUUGGAAUUUCAUAUUU